CGCGAGAGGCGCCGCGGUCGGAAAAUAUUCAUCGACUCUUCAUCGGAAUAACGGGUCUGAUUUGAAACCGCGUGCGCUGCGUGUUUUGCUGUGAAAAUGGGUAUUUUCGUGGAAAUUCAGCGUGUUCCCGGCAGAGAAGCAAGGACAGAUGAAGACAAGUUGAAGAUUCGUACUCACAAAUAUGUCAAGAAGAUUCUUUCCGAAGUUUGCGCUUUCGAUAUGACAAAUUUUACAAAAAUUAUUCACCAAGAUGCCUUGGGACCAGAUCUGAAGAACGUCGUGCAGACUCUGGCCAUCUCUGGAGACAUCUCAUCAGUCCAGGCUGAUUCAGAUAUAAAUAUAAUUAUUUAUACAGCCAAUCGACACGGUCCGGAAGCUGAACAGCUUCAGAUGAACGGCGACUCCGAGGCAGUCACAGCAUCUAAUCACUGGAUCCUGCCCAGUGAGGAUUUUAUUGGGCUCUGGGAGAAUCUCAUCUUCGAGGAGGGCGUGAAGGAGAGCAUAAUGGACUACGCGCAGGCAGCGAUGCUCUUCGCAAGAAGCCAGAUCAGCAUGAAUGUGAUUUCAUGCAACCGCAUCGUUCUGCUGCAUGGACCGCCGGGAACUGGCAAGACCAGCCUCUGCCGCGCUGUGGCCCAGAAGAUGUCCAUCAGAUUCCAGGAGCACUACAAAUUCUUCCACUUGGUGGAGAUCAACAGUCACAGUCUCUUCUCCAAGUGGUUCUCAGAGAGCGGGAAGCUGGUCCAGAAACUCUUCAGUCAGCUGCAGGAUCUCGUUGAGUGCCCCAACUCGAUGGUGUGCAUCCUGAUCGAUGAAAUCGAGUCUGUCGCUUUCUCUCGCAAUGCCAUUUCCAGCAACGAACCAACGGACUCCAUUCGAGCGGUGAAUGCUAUUCUAACACAAUUGGAUCAGAUACGGAAGUACAGCAAUGUGAUAAUAUUGGCUACGUCCAAUCUCACCACCAGCAUCGAUGUGGCUUUUCUUGAUCGUGCGGACAUCAAGCAGUUCAUUGGGCCUCCUAGCAGUGCUGCCAUCCUGCAGAUCUACAUCACAAUGCUCCAGGAACUGCUCCGCGUCGGCCUCGUCCGGUUCCCCGCACAUCAUCCGGAUCAGCAAGCUUACAAUGUGCUCCUGACUAGUCCAACAACCUCUGUUUCUUGUUUCUAUAACGUCCCUGUUGAUCUCGCGUCGCUGUGCAUUGAGAGCCGCGGCGCCAGCGGAAGGACUUUGCGGAAAAUUCCCAUGCUGGCCUAUGCGAAUUUCAUUAAAGAGCGUGCAAACACCGAUCUGAUUGACUGCAUCAAGGGCAUGAGUCGCGCGAUGCAGAAGCACAUUUCCGACACCGCGAAUGUUAAUCACGCUAAUCAGUGAAAUGUUCAGUAAUGUUAUACACGAUUAGCUAAUGCAUUCCUUCCCACCUCUAAACCAACGAUGAAUUAGUCAAAAAGCGAGACUUUCCGGUUGCAUUCCUGUGAAUUACAAUAAAAGGUUUGCGUGAAUGAAGAGCGACAGCUAUUAUCUUUCCCUUCAAGCAUUGCCAAUCGGCAAAAACGCCACUUGACGCGCGGUAAUGGUGUAACUUGCGUAAUAUUUACCAUCUCUAGAAAGGAUUGACGAGAGUGUGGCAUCUUUGGUAAAAAUUUUCGCCUCUCACACCCAAAAAAGUGAUCAUUCUCACUUUUUCCGCUCUACUGAAUCACAUUUUUCCAUCGUUAACGGAAUCUUCACCUUCGUUUGUCUCUUUUUUUUGUAUGUAAUCUCUUCAUCACCUCUUUAAUGGAGAGUGUCUGCUUUUUAGGAAGUGCCUCUGCAUUUUUCACACACGUGAGACUUAUGGUAGGGCGGGGGGAAUUUUGGAGCCAAAGUUUGAUGAUAAUGAAGUGUAAAGCUCUAUUGUUUGGAUGGUGGUCAACGCAUUGCAAUUUUAUAAUAAUAAUAAUAUGCAGAGAAAA